CCCAAAAUGGCGGCGCACACGGGGUCUCCCCCCGGGCCGGACCUGUCGCGACAGCGGCGACAGUCGGGGCCUCGCCUCGAUCCCGACACCGCCGAGUAUUUCCGGAGGGCCCUGGAGACGCUGGAGGAGGGGCUGAGCGAGGAGGAGCUCGUCCCACCCCCCGAGGGGGCGGAGCCAAAGGCGAAGAAGGCGUGGCCUGACGCGAAGGGGGCGUGGCUUGGCGCGAAGGGGGCGUGGCCACCGCGAAAGGGGGCGGAGCUUCCCGCCUCAUUCCGCCCCCUGCUGGAGGAGCUGGCCGAGGGAUUGGAGCGGGAAAUGCCGAGUUUGCUGGCCCCGCCCUGCGCCAGCCUCUGCCUGCAGGGGGCGCUGUUCGCCCUCCACCGCAGCCAAUCACCUUCCUGCUCCCGCUUCUGCCGCGCUCUGAUUGGCUGCCUCACCCGCCAGGGCCCCGCCCACCCCCAGAGCCCGCUGCUGACGUCACUGCAGGACCCCGCCCGGUCCCGCCUCCUGGAGGCGGCCAUGACGGUCCUGGACCCCCCGGGGCUCCGCGAGCUCUUCCGGGGUCACCUGCGGGGUCACCUGAGGGGCGUGGCCUCGCACCGAGUGGCCAAUCACGGCCUGCAGAGGCUCCUGGACCACGCCCCCGAGGACGUGGUGGAGGAGGCGCUGUCGGAGCUUGGCCCCGCCCUCCAGGAGCCGCUGGCCUGGGGCCACCCCGGGGUGGUCGUGGCGCUGUUGGGGGCGGCCCAGAGACACGCCCGGCUCCAGGGGGCGGCGCUGCGCUGGCUCUUCCAGGCCCUGCGCUGCUGGGACCCCCCCCACCACCCCCAUUGCGUCACCGCCCUGGCCCAGCUCCGCCCCCUUGGGGGCGGGGACAGCGACGAGAAGGCGGAGCUUGAGGGGAAAGAGGCGGAGCCUGAGGGGAAAGGGGCGGAGCCCGAGGGGAAAGAGGCGGAGCCUGAGCCCUUUCCCGUCCCCACCCUCUGGGGGUCCCUGGCCCUGCAGCUGCUGCUGAAUUUCGGGGACCCCUCCCCAAUUUGGGGCUCCCUGGGGUCUCUGCCCCCCCCGGCCCUGCUGGGCCUGGCCCGGAGCCCCCCCGGGAGCCGAGUUUGGGAUUCGCUUUUGGGGUCCCCGGGGGUCCCUCCCCGCGCCCGGCGCCGCCUCCUGCGCAAGCUCCAGGGCCACUGGCCGGCGCUGGCUCGGGAUCGCAGCGGGAGCCGAGUCCUGGACGCCGCCUGGGCCAGCGGCCGCCCCCGGCAACGAGCCCGGAUGGCCGAGGAGCUGGCCCCCCACCUCCCCGAGCUGCUCCGGGACCCCCUCGGCCGCGGCGUCGCCCGGAAUUUGGGGCUGGAGCUUUUCCAGAGGGACCGGGAAAAGUGGGAGGAGCUCCAGAGGGGGGCGGGGCUCAGGGGGCGUGGCCUGAGCCUCUGACUCCGCCCCUCCCCCACCCAA